CCGCCUGCUCAGAGCCGGGGCGUGCUGCUGAGCCAAGGAACGGCCCUCAGGCGGUGGCGACCGGGGGACGCUGAGGAAGAGCCGCCUGCGCGGCCCAGCGGCGGCGGGCGGGCCGGACACACCGACCGAGCAGCCGCGGCCCGCGGCGGGGAGGGGAGACUGAGCGCCAGCCCGCACCAGCAGCGCCAUGGCCACCAAGGCUCGUGUUAUGUAUGAUUUUGCUGCUGAGCCUGGAAACAACGAGCUGACAGUCAGUGAAGGAGAGAUCAUCGUAAUUACCAACCCGGAUGUUGGUGGAGGCUGGUUAGAAGGAAAAAACAGCCAAGGUGAGAGAGGACUUGUUCCAACAGAUUAUGUUGAGAUUAUAAGUGAAGGUGCAAAAGAUGGAAUUACCUGUGGUAACUCAUUAGCUGACCAAGCCUUUUUUGAUUCCCUUUCUUCAAAUACAGCUCAGACCAACUCUGCUGCAAAAAGCAGUAAUCAGGCAAACAAUGACAAUGAUCCUUGGUCCAGCUGGAACGUUGGGAAGUCUGGGAACUGGGAUAACGGAAAUGCUGUUGACAGCUGGGCAGCGAAACCUGAAAGUGCAGCUAGCCAGAGAAACAGUGCUUCAAAUAACUGGGAGGCGGCAGCAGCAUUUGGUCAUCCACAGGCAUACCAAGGACCAGCAGCUGCUGAUGAUGAUGAGUGGGAUGAUGAUUGGGAUGACCCAAAAUCAACUUCACCAUCUUAUCUUGGUUACAAGGAGACUGAGGCAUCGGAGGCAGGGGGAGUCCAGCGUGGAAACUCUCGUGCAGCCGCUAUGAAGUUGCCACUUAACAAAUUUCCUGGAUUCGCAAAACCUGGGAUGGAACAGUAUCUGUUGGCAAAGCAGCUAGCAAAACCCAAAGAGAAAAUUCCCAUAAUUAUUGGUGAUUAUGGCCCAAUGUGGGUUUAUCCUACCUCUACAUUUGACUGUGUGGUGGCAGAUCCCAAAAAAGGUUCUAAAAUGUAUGGUCUCAAGAGCUACAUUGAAUAUCAGCUGACCUGCACUAACACUAAUCGGUCUGUCAACCACAGAUACAAGCACUUUGACUGGUUGUAUGAGCGUCUCCUGGUUAAAUUUGGAUUAGCCAUUCCAAUCCCUUCUCUUCCAGACAAGCAAGUAACAGGGCGCUUUGAAGAGGAAUUUAUCAAAAUGCGUAUGGAGAGACUGCAAGCUUGGAUGACGAGGAUGUGUCGCCAUCCUGUUGUGUCAGAAAGUGAAGUUUUCCAGCAGUUUCUCAAUUUCCGAGAUGAGAAGGAGUGGAAAACUGGAAAGCGGAAGGCAGAAAAAGAUGAAACUGUGGGAGUCAUGAUCUUUUCCACAAUGGAACCAGAAGCUCCUGACUUGGACAUGGUAGAAAUAGAACAGAAAUGUGAUGCAGUGGGUAGGUUCACCAAAGCAAUGGAUGAUGGAGUUAGAGAGCUGCUGACAGUGGGACAAGAGCACUGGAAGAGGUGUACAGGGCCACUACCUAAGGAAUACCAGAAGAUAGGAAAAGCAUUGCAGAGCCUGGCACUGGUCUUCAGCACUAGUGGAUACCAAGGAGAAUCUGAUCUCAAUGGAGCAAUAACAGAAGCAGGGAAAACUUAUGAAGAAAUCGCCAGUCUUGUAGCAGAUCAGCCAAAGAAAGAUCUUCACUUUCUGAUGGAAACAAAUCAUGAAUAUAAAGGAUUUCUUGGUUGCUUUCCUGACAUUAUAGGAGCUCAUAAGGGAGCAAUAGAAAGAGUGAAAGAAUGUGAUAAAUUAGUUGCAACUAGUAAAAUAACACCACAAGACAAACAGAACAUGGUGAAACGUGUGAGCACCAUGGCUUAUGCACUACAAGCUGAGAUGAAUCACUUCCACAGUAACCGGAUUUAUGACUACAACAGUGUCAUUCGUUUGUAUCUGGAGCAGCAGGCACAGUUCUAUGAAACGAUUGCACAGAAGCUGAGGCAGGCACUCAGCCGCUUUCCUAUGAUGUAAAGAAUAACUAGUCAACAAUAAAGAGCAACUCCGAAGUGCUUUUCUGAUUUUGGGGCAAUGCUAAUAAAAACUUGUUAGCCUUUGCUAACCCACCAAACCCACCAAAAAACCCCAAUGACAACAAUCAGUUGUAGGAAAAAAAAAAAUUGUUUAAAAUUUCACUUUGUCAGCUGAAAUCAUAAGAUAAGGUUCUCUUACCUUGAAUGGUCUCCCAUUUGUAUCAUUAUUUAAAUAAAAACAGACAGAUAAUGCUGUCAUUCUUGGGGUUCUAAAUUAUCAAACUGGUAUGUUGCUAUGGACUUCACGCAGACUUGCAUCUAUCAGAUGUUCUUCCUAAAACUCUUAACAUCAGACUUACAAAUUUGUAUCUUUUAAGUGGGAAAGCAGACAAGCUUGAGAGAAUUAAUACUCAUUAUAUGCAGUUCAGCUCUCUAGCAAUUCGGUAGCCAGGAGGAAUUAUAUUUGUAUAUGCUUCUGGUACAUGUUCAUGAUAAUCUCCUGAAUGAACACUUUGUUCUAAGUUUUGCUUCCCAUGUGCAGCCAUGGCAUACUGCUCCUAUUAUGACUUCUGGUAAAUAUCUCUCAUUCUUCCUUUUCUCCUUUUUUUUUUUUCCUUCUAACUAAAUCUUGUACUUGUGGCACAACACCUCAGAGCUUAUGUCAGGCUCUUUUCUUUCUUGCUAUGCACUGUGUAAGAUGACGAAGUACAAAUAAGAAAUGAGCCAUUCAGGAAGGUGCAAAAACAGUUUUCCAUACCAGCACUUUGACACUCCCCAGUAUUAUGCCAUAAGGCACUGGUGUUCCUCAGUGCUGUAAAGGGAUAGCUUCCCUUUUAUCCCUCAGAGUUUAGAGCCCUUUGGCAGAGGGGACACUGCCACAUCUAACCCAAACUACCAGAUGUCCCCAGAUUCCAACUAAGCUCAGGUCUUCAUGUAGUAGUAUGGUGUGCUAUUGGCUUGGGUUAACUUUUUGUUACCUUCUAAUGCAAACUAAAAGGUGACAAAAGUACUGAAUAACAUCGUUAGUUAUCCCACAAACUCUUGUGCUUUGAUUAUCAUCUCUUAUCAUGUGAGCCGGUGACCCCUUUCGUAUGACUGAAGCAUCAUUUGAGGCGAAGGCUUUUCAAAGCAGAAAGCCACCACCAACCCUGUGCACAGUGGGCACUGACUGCAGUAAUUCAUUUCAUGCCAUAAGCAAGCACAAAAGCCAAAAUGCAGUUUUUGCUAAAAUGUGCCUAGAAAACAAACAUUUCAGCAAAAGGAAAAACCAAACCAAGGCAUUUUACCAAUAAGCCAUUCUAAGGAACGGGUGCAGUCUGAUGGUUGAUUAGUUGCCUUAUUCUAUUUUGCAUUGGUGUUACUUUUGUGUGCUAGAAGGAAAAUCUGGGCCUGCCAGAAUAACCUGAAACCAAACCAGACCAGACUAAGCCUAAGUCUAGAUGCUUUUCAGUGUCUCUGGUUUUGUUCACAUUUUAUAAACCUUGUCUUUUUUUCCUCCCAGUUUUAGUUGUUUGCUUCCAAAAUUCCAUAGAGUUAGUGUUGUUUGAUACAGCCAUUUAAAUAUGUACAAAUUGUAAAGAAUGUGUAUAAAUGUUUUACACCAAAUGUAAGAUCUGCUUGCAUGUAGAAGCAGCUUCUAUAAUAAAUUGUUACAAUAUGUACAGUAAAUUCUGAAAUCACCUUUUCAAGCCAGCAUUUUUUUAGCAUUUGUAUAUUCACUUUUUGGUAAUGAAAUCUCUUUGUAACAGUCUCUUGAUUUGGGAGGGGGAAGGGGGGGUGGGGUAACAAUCCUUAAAUAGCUCCACAUGCACUAAAGCUGAAGGCUCUUUACCUUGAAGGGAUUGUUUUUGGAAUGUAAGCGUAAGCUGUGCAUUCCCAGUGCAGGAAAGCUAUGACGUAGCAACUGUGUCAGAGAUGCAGCAUUUUGGCACAAAAGAGAAGCUGUUAAAAGACUUCUAGUAAAAUGAUGUUAAAACUGGUAAAUAAAUAUUUAUGUAUAUCCACCA